UGGCAACACAAAUAUGGCCUCAGAUUUACCAACUUUCUGCUGAACUAUGGGCAACAUGUACCGAGGAAAUGAUAAAAAUAAUAUUCCAGCCUACGAAAUUUCAUCUUCAAUACCAGCGAAAUACCAAAGAGUGGUGACAACAAAUCAAGAAAAGAAAGGCUUUUCAUCUCAAGCUAAGAGAUUCCCUUCACAAGUCUGUCAGAAUGAAAAUCCAGGUCCAGGCAGUUAUGGUUGUAUCUCCAGUGCUGAGGUCUUAAGUCCAUCCUUCUCUAAGAAAGGCACCUCAGGCUUUGUUGCAUCUAAGGCUCCCAGGUCUUCCAGUAACCCAAACAGAGGCACCCCAGGACCAAACGCUUACAACCUGCAGAGCUCCUUCAUAAACAAAAACAACUUCAACAUCGGAGUCUCCAGGGUGUUCAGGCUGCCUGUGGCUGUGCAGCUGGAUGGUCCGAAGCACAAAACUCCGGCCCCGAAUCAGUAUGAUGUGCGAUGUGUUAGCAGAGAAAGAUUCUCCUCAGUGGUCGGCACUUCAGCUUUCCUGUCAAAAGCUGGACGCGACUCUUUUUAUCCAAAGAAAAAUGGGCCAUCACCAUGCCACUACGAGUUGAAUGGCCACUUAAUCCAGCACAGCUCCAAGGCAGUCCUGUCCCCCUUCAAAUCAAAAACCCAAAGAAUCCCUGCUCUGAAGGACGACCAUGUACCAGGCCCAGGAGCCUACAGUCCCCAUCAGACCCCUGCACCGGUGAAGAGAACCAUCCUGCCGAGGGGAUAUUAUUUGGCAAUAUCAGCGCCUCCCGUGAUUGUUCCUAAGGACCCUCCCUUGCCAGGCCCGGGGCAUUAUGACAUCAAGGAUUAUAACAGCCCAUCUAAGCAUCACAUGCCCUCUUCUGCAUUUGCAUCCAAAACUGAGAGGACACCCUCACGGGCUGAUACGAGGCCAGGUCCAGGUUUCUACAAUCCACAGAUUUUGCCAAAGCAGUCCUUCUUUUACAACGACUCCAGAGUCUGGCUCCCUGUGUGA